AGUGCAGCGCUCAAAGGGUUAAACGCGUACAGGAAGUUUAUCCCAGGCGUGUAUAAAGACGCUUCCUGUCGUCUUCUUGAAAGAAACAUAUUUUGAAACAUUCAUGGCUUGACGUUACAUCAAGAUACACGAAGCAAAUAAACAGCAGCCCAAGAUGAACUACGUACCAGGGACGGCAAGUCUCAUAGACGACAUCGACAAGAAACACCUGGUCCUGCUCCGGGAUGGCAGGACACUGAUCGGGUACCUCAGGAGCAUUGAUCAAUUCGCCAAUUUAGUUUUUCAUCAGACAGUUGAGCGCAUCCAUGUGGGGAAGAAAUUUGGUGACAUCCCCAGAGGAAUAUUCAUUGUGAGAGGAGAAAAUGUGGUCCUACUUGGAGAGAUAGAUGUGGAUAAACCCUGUGACACAGUCCUGCAGCAAGUGUCCAUCGAAGAGAUUUUGGAGGAGCAACGGUUGAAGCAGCAAGCCAAACAGGAGACGGAGAAAGUCAAGAUGCAGGUCCUGAAGGACCGAGGCCUUUCCGUCCCCAAAGCCGAUAACUUAGAUGAAUACUAACACCGCCUUGAUUCCAUGAGCCUCUCUUUCAGUUUGUACUGGACUGACAAGUUUUAUGUUGAGUUUGUGAAAGCACGAGUGUGUUUUUUGUUUGUUUGUUUGUUGUUGUUUUUUUAAAUGAGUGCAAGGCAGCAUCAUGCUGGGCAUCUAUACUGUAGUGUACCGAAUUUCUUUUGAAUCAUGUUAAGGACAAAAAAAGAUACAGCAGCUGCUCUCAGUUUUGCAGAUCAUGGUGGGAAAACUAUACUUUAUCUAUUUGUGUAAGAUCACUAUUAUGGCAAUUAUUUGACGGCAGCACUUUCUAUCUUGUCACUAACACAGCGUGUGUUUUUAUUUGGAGAUAUAUAUAAGCCUGCUAUUGACAAAAACUACUGGCUAUGCUCCAUUAAAGUGUUUAGUUUUUCAUUAGAUGAAGACCUGCUCAAAAACAUCUGUGUGUCCUCACAUUGUUUCUGUUAAUUCUCUUGUAUGUAAUGCAUCAGUAAGGCAUGAAAGGUAGAAAUAUUUGGGUGAAAGUGGACCUUUGAGCCAGGGCUCUUUUGGUCCCAGGUGAUGGCGCCAAAAUCUCAACAAGCAGUUAAGGUCACGAUGCAAUGUGAUAUCAAACGUGAGGCGCUUUCUGUUGUUAUCCCAUCCAGGCCUGUGAGGAAAUAACAUCAUUAAUUUGGUUAAUUGAGUGUAGGCAGGCGCGCGCACCAUCAUCAGACAGCCUCGUGUCUAGUUUAUUAAGAUACGAGACAUGUAUCGAUCCUAUCUGCCUCCAUCAAUCAAUAAUAUCGUUUGGACGGACACAGUGAGGUGAUAUGAAGCAGCCGCUCAGGAGGCACAAUGUGGCUGCUUUACUACACUGGCACUAACACAAUAAACAACUUAUUAUGGUACCAUGUGAAUAAGUCUUUAGCCGAUAUUCAUUGUAUGCAUUU